AUGAGCGGGUCGUCGGUGGGCAACGGAGGCCUCGCGCCGCCUUUCACAGUUGCUCAGUGGGCGGAGAUGGAACAUCAAGCUUUGAUAUUCAAAUAUCUCAAAGCUGGGCUGCCUGUUCCUCCUGACCUCCUUGGUCCCAUUCGCACCAGUUACAACCUCAUCUCUUCCAAUUUCUUGCGCCACCACCCCACCUUGGGUUAUACAUCCUAUUGCGGUAAGAAAAUAGACCCGGAGCCAGGGCGUUGCCGGAGGACAGAUGGCAAGAAGUGGAGGUGCUCCAAAGAUGCACAUCCAGACUCCAAGUAUUGUGAGCGGCAUAUGAACCGAGGUCGCUAUCGUUCAAGAAAGCUUGUGGAAUCACAAACUACCUCUCAAUCUUCAUCAACUGUGACAUCAGACAGUGUGAUUGGGAGCUCUAGCCACAGUGGGAGCUUCCAAAACAUGCCCUUGCAUUCAAUGGUAAAUAGUGGGGGUCUGUGCUUUGGAAGCAAUGUAUCUCAGUUGAAGAUGGAAUCUAUAUCCUAUGGGAUAGGUAACAGUGGAAACAGGGGGCGCAAUGGAGCAGAAGAGCACAAUUUCAUGUCAGAACCUUCUGGGAGUGUGAGGUGUCUUGGGAUGGACAGUACUGUAGACAGUCCAUGGCAUCUUAUGGUGCCUCGAGUUUCCUUGAAAUCAGAACCAAAAAAUUGUUCUCUUUUGCUAAACAACAGCUCCCAGCUAGAGACAUUGCAACAUACUGAACCAUUGACUGUUGAUGCUGCCAUCACUAAACAGCAGCAACAUCAGUAUGUCGGAGGACAGUUUGGCUUUCCAGGAUCUCUAAAACACGAACAGAAUUCGCUUCAGCCUUUCUUCGAUGAGUGGCCUAAGUCGAGGGAUCUUGGUUUCCAUCUAAGUGAUCAUAGAUCCACCAAUACCUUGACUGCAACGCAACUGUCAAUGUCUAAUACAAUGGCCCCCUCCAAAUUCUUCGCAAGGAGUGCUGACUCACCUACUGAUGCCUAUAGUUGA